AUGUACCAGACGCACACGCAUCAUGCAUCGCGCACACGCAUCGUGCACCAGACGCACACGCAUCGUGCACCAUAUCCCAAUCUGUACGGCUGCCACACCAACGUGACCAUGUGCGGGGAUGAGGCCAAGUGCAUCCAGUCCCAGACGACCGUCUACUGCACCUGCCGCAGCGGCUUCCAGAAAGCACCUGACAAAAACACCUGCCAAGACAUCAACGAGUGCUCGACGUUCGGGACCUGCUCCCAGAUCUGCAACAACACCAAGGGGUCCCACGUCUGCAGCUGCGCCCGCAACUUCAUGAAGACCCAUCACACGUGCAAGGCGGAAGGCUCGGAGCAGCAGAUCCUGUACAUCGCCGACGACAACAAGAUCCGCAGCAUGUACCCCUUCAACCCCAACUCGGCCUACGAGCCGGCCUUUCAGGGCGACGAGAACGUGCGCAUCGACGCCAUGGACAUCUACGUCAAGGGCAACAAAAUCUACUGGACCAACUGGCACACGGGCAAGAUCUCCUACCGCGAGCUGCCGUCCUCCGCCGCCUCCACCGCCUCCAACCGCAACCGCCGGCAGCUGGACGGGGGCGUCACCCACCUCAAUAUCUCGGGGCUCAAGAUGCCGCGGGGCAUCGCCGUGGACUGGGUGGCCGGGAACGUCUACUGGACGGACUCCGGGCGCGACGUCAUCGAGGUGGCGCAGAUGAAGGGCGCCAACCGCAAGACACUGAUCUCGGGCAUGAUCGACGAGCCCCACGCCAUCGUGGUCGACCCGCUCCGAGGGACCAUGUACUGGUCCGACUGGGGCAACCACCCCAAGAUCGAGAAGGCCGCGAUGGACGGGACCAUGAGGGAGACGCUGGUGCAGGACAACAUCCAGUGGCCGACAGGCCUGGCUGUCGACUAUCACAACGAGCGGCUGUACUGGGCCGACGCCAAGCUCUCCGUCAUUGGCAGCAUCCGUUUCAACGGCACCGACCCCGUCGUGGCCAUCGAUAACAAGAAAGGACUGAGCCACCCCUUCAGCAUCGACAUCUUUGAGGAUUACAUCUACGGCGUCACCUACAUUAACAACCGCAUCUUCAAGAUCCACAAGUUCGGGCACGGGCCCGUCACCAACCUGACGUCUGGGCUGAACCACGCCACCGACGUGGUGCUCUACCACCAAUACAAGCAGCCGGACGUGACCAACCCCUGCGACAGGAAGAAAUGCGAGUGGCUCUGCCUUCUGAGCCCUAGCGGCCCCGUCUGCACCUGCCCCAACGGGAAGCGGCUGGACAAUGGCACGUGCGUGGUGAUCCCCUCGCCCACCGUCUCGCCCGUCGUCCCGACCAGCGACACCUGCGACCUGGUCUGCCUCAACGGGGGCAGCUGCUUCCUGAACGCCCGCAAGCAGGCCAAGUGCCGCUGCCAGCCGCGCUACAACGGCGAGAAGUGCCAGCUGGACCAGUGCUGGGAGUACUGCCAGAAUGGGGGCACCUGCGCCGCCUCCCCGUCAGGGAUGCCGACGUGCCGCUGCCCCACCGGCUUCACCGGGCCCCGGUGCAACCAGCAGGUGUGCGCCGAAUACUGCCUGAACAACGGCAGCUGUAGCGUCAACCUGGGCAACCAACCCAACUGCCGCUGCCCGGCCGGCUUCCUCGGCGACCGCUGCCAGUACCGCCAGUGCUUCGACUACUGUGAGAACGAGGGCGUGUGCCAGCUGGCAGCCGGCGGCGCCAAGCAGUGCCGCUGCCUGCCGCAGUACGAGGGUGCCCGCUGCCAGGUCAGCAAGUGCUCCCGCUGCCAGGAGGGCAAGUGCAACAUCAACAGGCAGAGCGGCGAGGUCACUUGCACCUGCCCGAAUGGCAAGAUGGCACCGAGCUGCCUGACCUGCGACAACUACUGCCUGAACGGGGGCACCUGCACCAUGAACGGCAGGACGCAGAUGCCGGAAUGCCAGUGCGCGACGGAUCUGACGGGGCUGCGGUGUGAGGACUUUGGGGUCAGCGAGCAGCAGAGCGGCCGAACGGCCUCCAUCGUCAUCCCCAUCGUAUUGCUGCUGCUCAUCCUGCUGUUGGGCCUGGCGGUCUUCUGGUACAAGCGGCGGGUUAAAGGCGCCAAAGGCUUCCAGCACCAGCGGAUGACGAACGGCGCCAUGAACGUGGAGAUCGGGAACCCCACCUACAAGAUGUACGAGGGGGAGCCGGAGGACGACGUGGGGGAGCUACUGGACGCCGACUUCGCCCUGGACCCGGACAAGCCCACCAACUUUACCAACCCCGUCUACGCCACCCUCUACAUGGGAGCCCACAACAGCCGGAACUCGCUGGCCAGCACGGACGAGAAGCGGGAGCUGCUGUCGCGGGGCGCGGACGACGACCUGGCUGACCCGCUGGCAUAGGGGGCAGGGACAGGGGGGGGUCGGGCAACCCCCUAGCACAGGGGGCAGAGACGGGGGGAGGGGGCUGCGGUGCCGCCGGUUUGGAAAAGAAGCCAAUCAAGAGACAAGCGGGGGGGAGGGGGGGCGACAGACACUGUAUAAAUGUACAAAUGAAGGAUUAUUACUUUUAUAUGUGAGCAGUAUUAUUACUUGUCUAUUCCCCGGGCCAGGCUCCCACCACCCCCGUGGGACGAGCCGGCAUCUCGGAGCGGGCACAGCGAGGGGCUGAAGCCGGGGGGGUGUCGGAGCGGGCACAGCGAGGGGUUAAAGUGGGGGGGGAUACCCGGCUUGUCUCCAUAGCGCUGGGGAGCUGGGUCCAAGGCUGUUGGGGGGAUCCCCCCCUUGGCUGGGGGGGGGGGUGCGUGGCAGCAUUAACCCUGCGAUCGCCCCCCCGCUGCAGUUGAAACCUGCCGCAGUUGGGUCCUGGUGGGUUUCGCCCCCCCGGGGCACCGUGUCCAGCCCCCCCACCCCGAGCUACGAACAAAUCAGUCUCCGAGGCCCCGGUGCCCCGCCCCCCCCCCCCCCGCAACACGCAGCCCCCUCCCCCACCUGCCAGCAGCUGCAGGGGGAGGAGCCAGAUGGAGAGCUCCUCCCCCUUGUCCUCAGCCCCGCCCCUCCCAUCCGCCAUUGCAAUCCUGUCCCACCAAUCCGUUCCCUCGCUCCAACCUCACCAAUCACCCUCCUUCCCGCCCAGGCUCCCAUCCAACCAAUCACCUUCCUUUCCUGCUCCCAUCCCACCAAUCACCUUCCUUCCCGCCCAGGCUCCUAUCCAACCAAUCACCUGCCCCAGAGCACUGUCUAGGUGGGAUCCCCUUUUCCCUCUCCCCCCCCCACCCCCGGCACUGAUUCCCGGGAGGGGGGCGCGGCUCCUUCGGGGCUGGGGGUGUUUGGGGGCCUGCACCCCUGGGCCCCGUGGCUGGAGCUGGGGCCGCUGCCUGGGUCUCCCCUGCCGGGGGCAGGAGGUUCCUUUCCUUUGCGCCUAGCGCCAUGUUUAGUGCAUGCUCCUGCGGGCAAAGGGGGGGCCCAGGCACCGCGCCGGGCACCCCGCUCCCCAGGGGCUGCCGCCGGCCCGCCCCAGCUUCAUCUCCACUCGUUUCUCCCACAGGCAUUUUUUUUUAAACCGAAUCAAAUGACCUAGCUUUUCUAGUAGGGACGGGAUACGCCUGUGGGGGGUGGGGCCCCCGGCCGUUGGCGGGGGGGCGCCUUUUCAUAACUUUUGCUGGAUUACUUUACAACUAAACACAGAGAUUGUUAUAAAUAAAAUUUUUAAAAACUGA